AAAGAAAAAAAUUACGUUAAGUGCCUGUGCUAAAAGGGUUUGUUGACCCAUAAAGAGUAGACCGAACAGGGCAUUUAAAAAGAACCAAGACUGCGUUAUCCGGAGAGAAAAAAAGGUAGUGUAAGUAUGAAAUGCCUAGACACCGUGUUAUUCUGGAUGCUGGGAUCUUCUGUAUGUUUGGCUGCAGAGAUGGCCAAACUUGAUGGAGACAUUUUUAUUGGCGGGCUGUUUAAUAUUUUUGAAGAAGAGAAUAACGACUGCUCCAAUAAAGUUGACAUAACGUCAGUAAGGAAUUAUGAAGCUGUUAAAUGGACCCUCAACAGGUUGAAUUCAGUCGGUUACAUUCCCGGAAUUAAUAUAGGUGUUGAAGCUUAUUCUACUUGUAAUAUACCCGGCAGAGCCAUUCAUCACACUGUCAGAUUCGUCCAGAAAGCGAUAGAGAACGGAGCUAAUGUUUCAUCUCAAGCCAUAAUAGGAAUUAUCGGUCCUGAAAGUAGUUCACAAGCUGAAGUAACUUCUAGAUUUAUAAGUUCUCUGGAAGCGAAACAUCAAUUGUACCAGCUUUUGUUCUCUGCAACAAGCGCCAAUUUAAGUGACCAAAGAUUUCAAAAUGUUCUGAGAGUUAUACCUAAUGACAAACUUCAAUCAAAGGUCAUGCAAAAGCUUCUAAAAUACUUGGAUUGGAAUUACGUUGCUGUGGUGUACGAAGACACAGCGUAUGGAAGGGGGGCAUUUGAAGAGUUCUCAAAAUUGGCUAUGCAUGUUGGAAUAUGCAUUCCCAAAUCCUUUCCCCUACAGACUGGACAAACCGCAACCGUGGAUUUUUCAGCUAUUAGAAGUGUUUUGGACCAAAUCUUAAAUAACGCCGAGAGCCAAAUUACAGGUGCAAUCUUUUUUGCUUCCACCUCAACAGUUAGUACGUUUUUAAGUAUUGCCGAGACACGAAAACAAUCUUCAUACUUUGACUUGGUAAUGGUAUUCUCAGAAUCAGUAGCACUACAAAAGUCUAUGUUCGAGCAGUUUAAAAGUGUUUCUAAAGGUUCCUUUGUGACAAGUCCGCCAGCUAUCACUGUAGAAGAGUUUCUGCGGCACUGGGAGAGUAUCAUGUCAAAUAAAUCAAAGUUUAUAAUUGAAUCCAGAACAAAUCCAUGGCUUUUUGAUGCAUUUCGGCGAUAUAAAUCGUGUGAUCCUUCCUCAGAACUAUGUAUAAUGCCGACGAUAGAAGAAGUUAGAACUACUGAGAGUGAAAAUAUUUUUGAAAGUUAUGCUAUCAUAGCAACGCUUAUUCAAGUCAAUGGAAUCAAAGUGUUACAUUCAGAUAAAUGUGGAGGCGCAAAUGGAACUUGUUCUGAAUUAAAAUCUAGUCUGCUACAAAGGAAAAAUACUUUAAUUAAAAAAGAUCUUAAUGAAAUGACAUUUGAUACAUUUCCUGUUUCCUUUCCAACAAAUUUCAGUGUUAUUAUGAACGGAAGCAACGACGCACUUUUAGUUGGAAACAUUUCAUCAUAUGAAAUUUAUCAGUAUAGAAGUUGUCCUUCACAGAAUAACAAAUUUUGCUUGGAAAAGGUAGGAGACUAUGAUGCGGGCUCAUUAGAUAUUAAACAAGGCAGACUCACAAGCUACGAUAACAAUGUUGAAUCACAAUGGCCGAAUAUACAUAAAGCACAGUGCUUCCUAGGUAAGAACUGUGCGUCUUGUAAAACGGUAAACAAAGAAAAUGAGAUAUACUUUGAAGAGGGAGAUCUGUAUGUUGUUGGAAUAGCCCCAACUCAUACUGGAGAUUCUACUAAUCCAUUGCGUUGUGGUGAUAUCAAACAAACGAAUGGUUGGGAAAUAACAGAAGCAAUGACUUAUGCAGUUAACAACAUUAAUCUUGAUCAAGACAUUUUCCCUAAUACAAAAAUAGGGUAUAUAAUAUUGAACAGUUGCAAUCAACCAGAAAUGACUACGAAAAAGCUUCUGGAUUUGUUAGAUAAGAAAAUAAUGUUGGCGAAUGGCACAUUUCUGAAUGACAUUUCCUCCAAAAUAUUAGCCUUUGUUGCUGAAUUAGGAAGCAGUAUUAGUCAGGCAUCCGCUAAAGUCCUUCAAGAAUUCAACUUUGUCCAAGUUGCAUAUGGCUCCACGGCAGUCGUACUGAGCAAUAGAGAGGAGUAUAAAUAUUUUCUGAGGUUGUGCACCCCAGACACAAAUCAGGCAAAAGCCAUGGUAAACAUCCUAAAAGAUUUAAAUUCUGGGUACAUCCAGAUACUCUACAGUGAGGGCACAUACGGCGAGGGUGGAAGAGAUCAGGUUAUUCAACUGGCCAAGGCAAUGAAUAUAUGUGUAGCUAACAGCAUAGAAGUAAUAGAAAACAAGUAUACCAAAAUUCUGGAUAAUAUGAGGAAGAAGCCUUACGCUAACGUUGUCCUCUUAUUCCUAAAAUCACAUGUCGUUUUCGAUGUUGUAAAGUUGAUAUCCACUACUAUGGAAUCAGGAGAAUUUCACUUCAUUGCAAGUGAAGCAUUUGGUACAAGAAGCGACAUAGUGAACAAUAAUCCUAAACUAGAAGGAACCCUUUCUUUAUCUUUGGAACUAGCUAUGGAUACUAAUGAUUUACAACAUUAUAUCUAUGAUAAAUUACAGAAAGACGACUAUCACAACCCUUGGACAAGGUCAUAUUUUGAGAAAAAAUACAAUUGUUUUUUACCUAGCAGUUUUGACAAAUCAUCCAACACAGAAUGUAAAGGUGUACUGGAGCAAUAUAAUAGCACAGAAUUCAAGGCCAAUACAUGGACCCCUUUUGCCUUGUAUGCAGUCACUACAGCCCUUAAAGGAGCAUUUGCUGCAUUCCAAGAAUUAUGUGGACAAAAUUCUAAAUUAAUAUGUUCUGAUUAUACAAACAAGCCAAAUGAAAUUUGGGAGUUUGUAAGGAAACAGAAACUGUCCUUAAAUGGCGUUUUAACAAGCAUCUUUGACGAAAAUGGCGAUGGGAAUAUAGGACACGUUAUAUAUCAAACUCAAAAAUCAAAGAUCGAUCCACAAAAAAUGGAAUUUAUUAAGAUUGGAAGCUUUAGCAAUGGAUUAAAUUACACCAAUGGAAAAAACCAAAUUGUCAAAGCUGACAUGUUCUAUAGCAAAUGUCCGAAUGAAAUAGAAUGUAUAGCCUGCGAUAGGUUUAUAGGAGUGACUUCCAACGAAUCAUCCAAUGCCAGACAAGAGGAAGAUACUACUAGCCCUAAUGACGUUUCUGACUAUAGGGAGGCCAUUAUUAUAGGGUUAGGAGUACUCAGUGCAGUCCUUGUCCUUACUAUAAUCCUACUGGUUUUUAUCAUAAGAAAAGGUACGUAUUCACCACCAAAUGAUUCAGAACAUUACGCUCGUACCGGUGAUAUUGGUACGAAGGAAACUUAUUUGACUGUUGUUGGCUGAUAUUACAAAGAAUCAUAACUAAAUAUACAUGGAGAGAGACAGAGAUUUCUCUCAGUGUAUGAGAGAGUGUAAACCAGUCUUUCAGCAACUCGAUCGAGGAUAAAACAUGGAAGAAAAAAGUAUCGUAGGUGGUAAGAUUAAAAGGUUUUACGUUUUCUGGAUUGCAAACAGUUGUAAAACUAGAAUUUUUUUUAGAAUGGGUAAAUACUUACAAUUAUAUUUCCACAAAAAGUAGCAUUCUUGAUAAUUGAGUAGUGUCUGCUUAAAAUACCGUACUUUGAUAAUUUUUUUUACAGUGUUCCAAACAUAUUUCACGCAUGAAUUGUUUUAAUUGUUAUGUUUCACCAUU